AGCCUCCAGCACAGUCGCGGUUCAGCGUCUGAAAUGCACUUGACUGGACUCCGCGGGGCUUUUUCAUCCUGUGAAGUCAUGGCUCAGCGCCUUCAUUUACCGACAGUGCGUCACUGAACGUAUCCUGGGGGCUUUUUCUUGGAGGAACUUUUGACCUAAAUGACAUUCAUUUGUUUUUAGCUUGCACUGGACUUAAUGAUGGAGCCUUUAUUUUACCUGUUUGCUUUCUUACUAACCCGUGUUUGUUCGGGUCUCGGAUAUGCGGAGUCUAGUAUUCCAGCGGGUCAGAGAGCGGCGAGCAGACACAGGAACUGGUGUGCUUAUGUGGUGACACGCACAGUUAGCUGCGUGAUGGAGGACGGUGUGGAAACGUACAUCAAACCAGACUAUCAGCGCUGUGCCUGGGGACAGUGUCCUCGAGUGGCCUAUCGGACAUACAGGAGGCCGAGGUAUAAAGUAGCUUACAAGAUGGUGACAGAAAUGGAGUGGAGGUGUUGCCAUGGUUACUCGGGGGAGGACUGCCACAAUGGACCACAGGGGACCCCUGAGACCGGUGUCACGGAGCUGGACCACAACACAGGGCAGCGGGGAGGAGAAGGUGACACAGAGAAGAUCAAACAGCUGGAGGACACCGUCCAUGGUCUGACCAAAGACCUCAACAACAUGCAGACCACCAUUAAUGGAAUAAACCAGAGGCUGCAUGUGCUGAAUGGGGCCAUCAUCCCUGCCGAUUCAGCUCAGCCACACAUGAAAGAAACCAUCAACAGCAUCCAGAACAAGCUGGAUCAGCUCUAUAACAGAACACAGGUGCAUGAUCAGACCCUGCUUACUAUCAACAACCACCUGGUGAAUGGAGGAGGCAAUGAACUGGAUGGAGUAUCCAGAGACAGAGGACACGGCGGGAACCAGCUGAACACACUGAAGGAGGAGAUCCUGACAGAGCUGGAAAGAAGGGUGUCUCUUUCCUGCUCUGCCUGUCAGGCCGGAGUGGAGGACCUGAGGCGCCAGCAGCAGAAGGACAGGGAGAGGAUCACUGCCCUGGAGAAACUGAUCAGCUCAUUAGACCAGCACUUGAGGCUGGAAAUCUCUCGCCGUGAGACAGAGCACUCCCAGGCCUGCUGCAACACAGUCACUGAGCUGGAAAGGAGGCUGUCUGAUGUAGAGGACCAACUCACCUCAACUACAAACAAGUGUGACACCAUUAAAGAGCGGCUGGAUAAGGAGCAAGGAAAGGGAAGAGUGACAGAGGACCGGCUGAACGGCAGGCUGAGAGAAUUGGAAAAGAGGAUGAAUAACACGAUGAGGAAGACAGAGCAGAGGUGUACUAACACUGGGAACAACAUGAAAGAAACUGUGCAGAGGGAUGUCACUCACCUGCGCAACACAGUCCUCACUCAGCUGGAUGACCACAGCUACAAGAUUGGGAAAAUAGAGCUGGAUGUGGCUGUUCUUGGAGACACGGUCACAGACCAUAGUCGACGCUUGGGCCAGCUGGAGAACAUUACAACCUUCCUUGACAGAAGGCUAACAUCAACCACAGACAUGUGCAGUGAGACCUGUGGGCCGAACGGAAAAGGUCGGAUAAGUGAUGACACUGUGAAAACCUUGGAGUGGAGGGUUGUGGCCAACCAUGAUGACAUCCAAAAAUUUAACACCAAGCUGAACGACUUGUCAUUAUCAGGAGACUCCCUGUUUGAUCGAGUGCUUAACUUAACAAGUGAUGUGAAAAAGAUCACAGCUGUGACAGGGAAGAAUGGUGAGCACUUCAACAGGAUCUUCACAGAAGUUGAAACUCUGGGCCGUGAUUUUAAGAAGUGUUUGAUUUGCAGCACUGUAGAGAAGGACCUGUUCGCAUUUAAAAACUCCACCGUGAUCAGUCUCAACAGAUGCCAGACAGAACUGACGGAUCUGCGGAGGAAAGUCGACUCGGGAGAAUCUGUCUGCUCUCAGGUGUGCUCCAACCUUCAGGAGGAGGUGGGACGACUCAGAGAGGAAGUGGAGGAGUGUACAGCACAAUGUAAAACCAACAUAAACGAUCUAAAGAAACAUCUGAAAGGUCAUACUGUACAUAGUGAAAGAUUAGGGGGGGAUCUGAAGUCCAUCCAAGGAGAGCUGGCUGAGGUCAUGGUUACAUUCAGCUCCAUUAAUGACACUCUGAAGGGCCUGGGCAGGACUGUGCAGACACAUGGGAACACGAUAACUGAUCUGACCAGCAGUAAGGACGAUAUCAUCUCUGAGGUGAACAACUUGCAGAAGGACCUGACGGAGCAUGUUGCUGACUCAAGGACUCGAUUCAGCGGUCUGGGCAAAGAGAUCCAAAUAAUUAGGAGCAACUACGUGACUGAGAUUGGGGAAUGCCGGCGGUCCAGUGAUGGCCUGGACCAAAGGCUCUCCAAACUUGAGGAAGUGUGUGAACGCUUCGACUCUUUUUCAGACAGCCUGGUCACAAUCAAGGAGGGCCUGAACCGACAUGUGUCUGGGCUGUGGAACUGCGUUAAUGGGCUCAAUGUUACAGUUACAUCUCAAGGAGAUGCUAUCGAAAAUAUCCAGAAUGUCCAGCUGGAGCGUGUCCACUCCAACAUACAUAGGCUGAACUCUUCAGUGGUGGACCUGGUCAGGGAUUUCCACAGAUUCAAAACACAGGACUUUAAGGGUCCACCUGGUCCACCUGGGCUCCGUGGGGAGCAGGGCCCCCGGGGUCCUAUGGGACCUGAAGGGAGGGUAGGACCACAAGGCAGAGAUGGCGAGCGGGGACCAAUGGGACCCCCAGGUCUCAGAGGUGAACAGGGUCCUCCAGGCUCUGAUGCCCAUGUGCCACGCCUCUCCUUCUCUGCUGCGCUGACCCGCCCGAUGAGAAGCACAGGAACCAUAGUGUUCAACAAAGUCUUUGUCAAUGAAAAUAAUGUCUAUGAUCCCAAAUCAGGUUAUUUCACAGCUCCAGUGCGUGGGACGUACUUCUUCAGCGGCAUCCUGACAGGUCACAAAAACAUAAAGAUCGAGGCAGUGCUGUCCAAGUCCAACACCGGUGUGGCCCGAGCGGACUCGGCUGGAUAUCAGCCCGAAGGCCUGGAGAAGCCCAUGGCUGAGGCAAAACACAUCCCUGGAGCUCUAGCUAUCUUUAACAUCAUCCUGCCCAUGGAGGCCGGGGACACCGUCUGUAUCGACCUCGUAACUGGCAAGCUGGCCUACUCCUCUGAACCUCUGACCGUCUUCAGUGGGAUGCUGCUCUACGAGACCAUCUGAUUGGAUGUGUAAAAAUCCUGAGCACGAGAGCUUCUGAUUUGUCUGUUGGACUCCAAGAGACAAAGCUGCUGAGAGGGCAGUCAGAGAAACUGAUAUUCCUGGACUGGAUUUAUUCAGCAAGAAAAUAAGAUUAUUUUUUACUUUAAGUGCCAAGAAGGAUAUAAAAAGACCUUUUUAACCACAGUGAUCUGUUUUGUGUUUCACAGCUUUAAAGGAAAACUGUUUUUGGCAAGAGUCAUUGCAUUCGUUUGAUUUUUUUUAAUCCAUUAACAUGUAUUCUGAAAAUGCAACUGUCAGGUUACCUUAUAAUUAUGUAAUUCCAUAUUUUCAUGCAAUUCUAUGAACUUGAAUUUACAACAACAAAUCAUUCAGGUUUCGGUGGUGUUUAGAGGAGACCUACUAUAUUUUUCUGUCAUAUAUAUACAACAUAAUUCCAAAAAAAGUUGGGACACUGAGCAAAAUGGAAAUAAAAACAGAAUGCAAUGAUUUACAAAUCUCCCAUAAUUGAUUCAUGAUAGAAUAUAGAAAACAUAUCAAAAGUUUAAGCUGAGAAAAUGUGCCAUUUUGAGAAAAACAUCAAUAUUGAACUUGAUGGCAGCAACGUGUCUCAAAAAAGCUGGGACAGGGGCGCGUUUACCACCGUGUAACAUCCCCUCGUCUUUCAUCGACAGUCCCUAAACGUCUGGGAAGUGAGGAGAGCAGCUGCCGGACUUUGGGAGAGGAAUGGUGUCCCAUUCUGGUCUGAUAAAAGAUUCCAGCUGCUCAACAGUCCCGAGUCUGCUUAGUUCCGUCUGUGGUUCAGGAUUGUUUUGAUUUUCCCUGAAAAAGACGUCUCAGUUUAAACAUUUGAUAUUUUUUUUCCAUGUGAAUAAAAUAUGUAUUUAUGAGAUUUGCAAAUCAUUGCAUUCUCUCUCUUUUUUUUUUCCAUUUUCCACGGCGUCCCAAUUUUCUUAGAAGUGGGCUAUGCUGUUACAGUGGUGGAUGCUCAUACUAAAUGUAGCCAAAGUUUCCAAUAAUGAAGUCGGCGAAUGUACAAGUAAUACCUGUGAUCCAAAAGCUCAGGAUUCAGACAGUUUUUUCUACUAUUUGUUCUGUAUGAUGUCAGUGAGAAUGGAUAUACCCUAUAUGGUCAUCUAUGUGGGAGAGCCAGUAAGAAGAAAGUUGGCUUAAAGGGAGGGGACGGGAGCUUAAACAGCUUCUUCCAGACAGAGGAUGAACUAACAGGCUGCACCAAGGCUCAGUAUAAGAUAAAGAAGGGUUAUUUCUAAAUAGGAGUUCAGCAGAGUUACUCCAGCAGAGUCCAAGAAUAAAAACACGGAGCUGGAAAUGAGCACAAUCGGUCCCCUUUAAAGAAAGGUUAUCUUAUAAAAAGAUUAUUUAUGUGGGGGCUUUUUGUGCGUUAUCCACUCACAGCAUACCAAAUGAUCAAAGGUUAUUACACAGACUUCCUGACUUAUAGCUCAGAGUUUCAUUCUUACCACAAGCAAAUUCCCAGAAAUACAACGCAGAGUGCCAAUUGUAUUGGAAAAAAUGCAGAGCGAUGAAGUCCAAACCACUAUUCUUUAGGAGGAAGUGCACAAAUGAAGUCACUGACAGUUCAGUGGAGAAACCACAGGAUUUUAUAAAUCAUACAAAACUAAACAAUAAGACCAUUUUAGGACAUUAGCCAUGCCUAGAAACACAAGAGGAGGUGGAGGAUGGCCAAAGGCAAGAGCAGAGAAUAGGUUAUUUUAAUGUCCCUUAUAAGGGACAUGUAAACUUAGUGGGAAAUCAAAUGGUCAGAGUUAUGUAGCUGCUACUAUCAAUCCAUCUUACAGUGGAGAUUUUUAUGCAAACCAAACAAUAACAAAUAUGACAGCUACACAGCUCUUUAUAUCUACGCUACAAAUCCCACUUCUUUUAUGAAAACACACAUGCUGCCUUUGUUUUUCACUUGUGCAUUUUAUAAAGUUUUGUACAUAUUUUUAAAUGGCUUAAAAAAAAUAUUGCACGUUUUAUGAAGAUUGCUGAUUCAUUUUACAUUUUUUUACAUUAUGGUUUAACAGUGUAUCCACAUAUUAGGGUUUUUUUUUCUUACCAUUCAUUUUUCCUUUGCAAAGAGGACAUCAGUCUUUUGGUGUGGAAGUGUAACCGCAUGUGUCUAUGCAUUGUGUAACCUUAACAGACUGUAAAUAUUUCUGUGCCUUUCCAAGAUUUUUAAGAAUUGCCACUUCACUUUGCGAGGUACUUUAUAUGUUUUGUAUGUUUUGCCACGUGUGCUUCAAAAAUAGAUACCCAGUGUUACACGGCUCAUGUCAACAGUCUGACUCUUAUCUGGAUUUGGUUACUUUUAUUAAAUGAGCUGGUAUGCAUCAGGUUUUACACACUGCUCUGCCUUCUUUGGCCCUCACUUAUUUCAU